CCAGUGGCGGGACGACUAUUAAUUCCCUCGCCAGCUCGAAGAUGUUGUGUCUCUCAUGGCACAGUACCAUUGGCUACCUCGACCUGCACCAAGCAUCAGAUACGGAAGCUUUAUUAGGUCUGUUCGCGUCAAGGCAGCAUGUGUCGAAACCAUCGCAUUAUCUACUCAUGUCUCCAUCACCGCGACACGAUCAAGCUGUGUCCCCAUGUGGUAGCUCCCCUCGUUCAAGGUAUCACCACGUUCCCCUUCAACGCCCCCAGCACUGUCACCACAUCUCCUACGCACGACACCCUCAUGACCGUAGACAACAACCCCCGACCGUGCCCUGACUGCGAACUUCCGGACUUGAACAUCUUCCGUCUGGAACCAGUCGUUCGGGUGGACGGGACGGAAAAACCCCCUCGCGACUCCCUGACCGUCGAGGUGGUAGGACCGCACAGCGGUUGGCUAACGGCGGACACCAACAGCUCGAAUAUUCCAGCUGCCGACUCACGGAAAUCGGGGGGACGAAGACCGGUCCCGCCAUCGACGGUACCACAUCCCGGGGCAAGGAUGUCUACCAAUGGCAAGGUUCGCGUCCCUUCGAAGCUGUGAAGUCCCGCCCGAUGGACAUCAGACUUCUCGCACACAAGGUGUCGCGAUAUGCGGCACGACGAAGAAUAGGGAACGCGGAGUAGUACAACGGCGGGCAUCGGAUGGUUGGAAUCGAUGUAGACUCUUACUCCUGUAACGUAAAAUCAAACUUUGCAAACGCCGCCUUGAAUGCCUCGGCGUCCGC